AUGAGUUCCCCUGCACGAAAGCGCAAGACGGAUGAUGAUGGCGGCGACAGCGACCUUGGGACGCCCAACAGCACAGGCAGCGGCGCCAGUGCUCGAAAGAUUGUGAAGCGUAGCAAAUCCAAAACGCGUGUGGUGAACAGAGAUUUUAUACGGCUCAAGGAGACGCUGCAUCAAAUGUGCAUUGCAGAGAUCAUGCAGAAGAUGGCGUUGGUGGACGGCAGCCAAAUGCUGCCGUCCUUUGACCAACUGCCCCAAGGGUCUGAUCCAGUCUUUGCGCCGUCGUCCUUGGUCACUUUGCGUUGGGAGUUGGCAGCUGUGCGUGACAUGUACCACCGUACUCCUGGAGAAGUGAUUGUCAUGGGCCAGGACGAUGCUGGUCAGCUUGGAAUGGUGGCGUGGGUGGGAAAGGAAAAAGAUGAUGGUUUUCCUCCCACACACUUGAAAAUGCGAGCCAACAUUGGACAAAUUAUUCAAGUGGCGGCUGGUGGACUGCAUUCCGCAGCGCUCUCCCAAGAUGGAGCUGCCUACACGUGGGGAUGUCCAGAUGAGGGUGCCUUGGGACGUUUGAUUGAUUCUGACGAUGAAAAAUCCCCUGUGGCGCCCACAAUGGUCAACAAAUUGUUUCCGUCCAAGUUAGCAGUUUCCCGUCAUGCCGUGCGCAGCACAGAGAAUGAAUGCAAUGAUGUGAUAGCAAUUGAUGCCGGAAGUUCGCACACAACCUUUCUUACAAUCUCUGGAAAUGUGUAUACGUGUGGAAUGUACACCAAUGGUGAUGGCAAGCAAGUGCGCGAUGAGCGGCCUCCCGAUUGUCUAAUUGAUCAAGAUGUCAGCGACCGUGGAAGUGUUUUGGGACGACACAACCAACCGGUUCACGUCUUUCAACUACCCGGAAGAGCCAAGUUCAUUGCAGCUGGAGGAAGCACUAAUGCGGCAAUUUUAGAGGACGAUUCUUUGGUCACAUGGGGUAUGGGACAGAGCGGACAGAUGGCGCGGUCGGCCGAUAUGACAAGCCUGAAGGAUGAGGAAGGACACCCAGAAAUAGGUGAAAAAUGCAACAUGGACGCUGAUGGUUUCAAGCAAGACGUUCUCAAAGAGCACUAUCUCAAGCCAAAACGAGUCCUCUGGAGCACGUUACCUACCAUCCAACGCACUGUCACUCAUGUUGCUAUUGGGGAGCAUCACAUUCUGGUCGCGGCACGGUCACCCCAGGAUUCGUCGUCACGUCUGUACUCCUCUGGAAGCGGAGCUUGGGGCAUACUUGGGCACGGCGACGAACAACCUCGUCAUGCCCUGACUUUGGUUGAGACCUUGAAGGAUGUCCCCAUUUCUCGUGUUGCUGCGGGAAACAAGCACAGCCUCAUUCUUCACGCAAAGGGAGACACCGUCUACGCCUGUGGCCAUAAUGGUUUCAAGCAGUGCGGCGUGUGGAAGGAGGCAGAAAGAAAACCCAACAUGGAGAAUACAAAGGAUUUAUCUCAGGAUAAGAAAGAUGGUAUGGUAUUGACGCCUACUGCAAUUCCAUUCCCCAUAUUCGACAGACUCGACAAGUUGGGGCGUAUCAUCGAUAUCGCAGCGGGCGAAUCGCACAGUAUUGCCAUCACCACAGGUGGCGGGAUGUACACGUGGGGCUAUGGUGAAUACGGUCAAUGCGGAAAGGAUCCAAAGUUUGGAGUUAAGGAUAUCGAGCAUCCACGCCUGGCCCAUGACUGGCUGGAUUACACGAAGGUUUUUGUUCACCACGCUGCUGGAGGGGGUCAACAUUCGGUUGUUGUGGCCUCGAGAUACCACAAGUCCGUCCAACGAGAUGUGGAACCACCCCCAUUGCAGGCAGAAACUAGUUCUUGA